UAAAACAAUUAUAACAAUUAUACGCCACUGAAAUCCUGCGAGAUUGGAACCAAUUUUUCUGACCACUCGUUCAAGCAUUAGGGGCGAUGGCGAGGGAAGGGCAGGCAGUCAGACAAGUAGCCGUUGUCGUACGUGGUUUCAAUGGCCAUAGUUGCAGCAGGGAACCUCUCCUUAAUUCAUCCGUUUCAACAUUCUUCACACAUCAAUCCCAUAUGUCAGCCUCUUCUACACAGAAAAAUUACUAGUGUAAGGUGUUGUAGCAAUGCGAAUAAUCAAGAUAAUCGAGUGCAAAGGAAGGAGAAGGUGGUGAUUGUGGGUGCUGGUAUCGCAGGCCUUGCUACUGCUCUAUCUCUUCACAGGCUUGGUCUAAGAUCAUUGGUGCUUGAGCAAGCCGAUUCACUAAGAACUGGAGGGACUUCUUUGACUCUUUUCAAGAAUGGAUGGCGUGUGCUGGAUGCUCUAGGAGUAGCUGAUGAUCUCCGAAAAGAGUUCAUUGAAAUACACGAGUUGGAGAUUCAGACAGAUAAGGGGAAAGUACUUAAAUCUUUCCAGUUAAAGGGCGAAGGCAAAAGCCAAGAAGCACGAGGAGUGGAACGCAAGGCACUCUUGGAAUCUCUUGCUCAUAGUAUGCCUGAAGAUACUAUAUCAUUUGGUUCAUGUGUCAAAACCAUUGAGCAGACAAAAAAUGGCCAGAUAAAUCUACUAUUGGAUGAUGGUACACAGAUCCUUACCAAGAUUCUUAUAGGUUGUGAUGGGGUCCGUUCAGUUGUUGCAAGAUGGAUGGGCUUCUCUGAACCUCGUUAUGUCGGAUAUUGUGCUUAUCGUGGAUUGGCAGUUUAUCCUAGUGGACAACCGUUUGCACAAAAAGUGCAUUAUAUCUAUGGCAAGGGAAUUCGUGCUGGCUAUGUCCCCAUUACAUCUACUAAAGUCUACUGGUUUGUCUGCUUCAAUAGCCCUUCACCAGGUCCAAAGAUGACAGAUCCAACUAUCUUAAGGAAGGAAGUCUCUCAACUUGUUCGUGAGUGGCCUAGAGAACUCAUUCAAACUAUUGAGAAUACACCUGAUGGGGCCAUUUUGCGAACUCCUUUGGUAGACAGAUGGUUGUGGCCUAUUGUAAGUCCAAAGUCAACAAAAGGUGGCAUUGCACUAGCAGGAGAUGCUUGGCAUCCCAUGACACCAAAUCUUGGGCAAGGAGGAUGUUGUGCACUAGAGGAUUCUAUUAUACUUGCUAGGAAGCUAAAGGAAGCACUUGAUAUGGAUGAACAAAACAAUUUAAAUGUAGAGGAAGCAUUACAAUCCUAUACAAAUGAAAGAUGGUCUAGAAUUUUUCCUCUAGCCAUUAGAGCUAAUAUUGUCGGUGCUCUUUUGCAGUGGGAGAAUGAGUUGAUUUGUUCAGUAAGGGAUAACAUAAUUAUACCAAAAGUUGCACAAUUAGAACCUUUUUUAGAACACACAAAAUACGACUGUGGUUUGUUGUAUACAAAUCCUUGAGAUUUUCAGUGCAUGGGAAUGAAAGUAAAUUAUGGUAAUCUUACGAGACUCUCAAGGCUUUGGGCUUGCCUACUAGCCCAAGUUAUGGUACUAAUUCUAUUAUAUCUCCACUAGAUAUUCAUUUAUUUCUUUUUUGCUAUGUACAUCUCCCCCCACAUUGCCAAAAAGGUAGAAUAUAUUAUUCAUUUGCUUCA